AUGGUUUUUGACAACAUCCAUCUGCGCACAUCAUCGGGUGCAGUCGGUUGUACUGACAAAUGUGAAUCAGUUCGCGGUACACCGAUAGGUUACCCGAAUAUUAACUUGAGAAUGGUUGAUACAGUUGGCCUAGGUGAAAGUUUAGAGGGCACCGUACCAUCUGACGAGGCAUUGAAAAUGCUUGAGAAUAAAUUCGAAAGUUUAUACUGCAAAGAUGGUAUUCAUUUAAUAUUAUUCUGUAUUCGAAAAGGGCGACAAUCUGAGGCAACUAAUCAACAUUAUCAAGCCAUUGCCCAUGAGCUUUGUGAGAAGAAAGUACCCUGUUUAUUAGUAAUUACACGUUGUGAAGAUGAUGAGCCACUAGGUGAAUGGUGGACAGAAAAUGAAGAUGCUGUACGCAAUCAAUUAAAAUUCGAUGUAGUUGAUGCUGUAUCCGUGACAACGGUUAAUAAUGAGGAAACAGCAAAUGAUUACCAAAUGUCAAGAAAGAAUUUAAUUCAAGCAAUUCAAAAAUAUUCAUUAAAACAAUCAUGGAAGUCGAAAAGUUUUCGAACGAACCUCACUUUAUUUUUUGCUAGAAACUGUUUGAAUCGGCCACCGAAGAGGCCAUCGACAAAAACCGAGAUGGAAAAAUAUUUGCAGCGACCAAUGAAUGAAUCUGCGCCGAAAAAAAAAUCCUUCUGGUCAUGGUGGUUUUCCUAA